AUGGAUGUUUUAUUGGAGCUUUGUCGCCAAUAUUUUAACACUGAAGAUCUAUACAAGGUGUUAAAAACGCAUCCGAAAAGUACAGCCAAAGAAGGUAUACUACGUUUUCAUUAUUACAAUUUUAUUAUGUAUUGCGAAUUAUUUAAACAUUACACUUGUUUCGUUUAGUUCGUAAAGCGUAUUUUGAGUUGUCAUUAAAAUAUCAUCCAGACAAAGUUCCAGAAAAUGAAAAAAAGUUUGCCACGGAAAAAUUUAAAGUAAUCAAUCAAGUGUACUCCAUUAUUAACGACGUGGAGAAAAGGAAAAGUUACGAUGCCACUGGUAAGCUUUGUAUUAAACAAAUUUUUAUACUAAUAGAUAAUUCUAAACAUGUAUAAUUUUUGAACUAUAAAGUUAUAAGAUAGAAACUAUGUAAGUUUCUGAAUGAAAUAUAGUGAAAAUGUAAUUUGUUAGUUAACUGAUGUCUGUUAAUGAAAAAUGUAAUAAUUAUAUAAUCAUAUAGUAUGAAAAUACUUAUAAAUUAUAAAUGCUAACUCGAUUAUCCGACUAGAUGCAAGUCACAAAAAAUCAUAAUCGGUAAAGUUAGAAUAUAAUUUUUAAACUACUAUUUAAUUGUAUUAUAUGUUUUUUAUGCAUUAUAAACAAUUCUAUAUUGACAAAAAGUAGAAAUGAGAUUUUAUAAAAACUGUAUUUGAUACAAAUUUAAAAAAAAACAUCCUUGACAAGGAUAUGUUUAAAUUACUUUGAAAAUUAUGACACUAAAUAAAAUCAACCAGAAUACAAGAUCCAAUAAUUAUGAUACAUCUUAUUCAAUGUUCGCCUAUCCUUCAGAAUUAUUUAGGAAAUUACUAUUUUUUUUUAGGAAUUUUUUUUUUUUGACAGUAUAUAACACAACCAGCUAUAAAAUAUGAAAUUAUUGUUAUUUUUGACACCUAAAAUAUAUUGUACUUUCCGAGUUGCCGAUCCCAUAGCCGUGCCUAGACUUUUAUAGUUAGACAGACAAUAUUUAAAUUUAUAAUUAGAUAAAUUCUCCCAUUCUCCAGACUAUAUUUAUGAUUAAUACAUUUCCCACAUUUUUUUUCAUUGCCCUUCCCUUACCCUUUAACGUAAUGUUCUCUCUGCCUUAACAAAUUAAUUAAUUAAUCUCCUUUUCAAUACACAUUCAAUUCCUUCUUCACAGCUUCCACCUAUUAUCUUAUCUAUUAUAUCAUACAUUAAUUAGACUAGUUUUGUAAUCUAAAGUUUUGUAUUUUUUCAUUAUUAAUUGUUGUAACUGGUUGUUUUUACAAAGUUAUGUCACAUGUAAUUUUGUGAUUAGUUAAUUUAACUCAACUAAAACACAUUGAUUACCAAAUAGUAUUAAUAAUUAUUCUUACGCUGCCUCCCCCUAGACACGCCUAUGCCCAAAACACCUAUAAUUUAUUUAGCUAUUUUUUAAAUUAAAGAGGGAACGGACUAACAUUUAAGUGUCUUAAGUCCACCAAAUGAUUCACUCUACUGCUUCUAUAGCCAGUUGAAACGCUUUUUACUCAUUUAUGAAACUAACAUCUAGAUUCUAGAAGACCUUACUUAUUUAAGCCAUUUAUUGUUGUACGUGCUUAGAAAUUACAACACGCAUGGAUGAAAUACAAUUUUUGAUUAAGUUUUGUUAAGUUUAAGUUUCCUGCAUUGGUUGUCGCCCAUAUCACAAAUAGAGAGUUUUUAAUAAUAUAAUACGAAAUAAAAUAAUUAUAAUAUGAUACACUAUAGGAAUAACUGACAUUUAGACAUUAUGUGUAUCGUUAUCAUUCAGUUUAGCAAUAAAAUUAUACAUUUAACUUAUAACAAUUUAUAAUAGUAUUUUUAAAAAUGUUUGUGAUUUAUUUUAUAAAUAUUAUUUCAACAGUCGCCAGCCGUCAGCCGAAAAAACAACCUACCAGCUGGCGGCCAAGAGAAAAUUCUACCAGUUGGCAGGCAAGAGAACAACCUACCAGCUGGCAAACAAGAGAACAACCUACCAGCUGGCCGCCAAGAGAACAAUAUUUUAGCUGGCCGCCAAGAGAACAACAUAUCAGCUGGCCGCCAAGAGAACAAUAUUUUAGUUGGCCGCCAAGAGAACAAACUACCAGCUGGCCGCCAAGAGAACAAUCUACCAGCUGGCAGCCAAGAGAACAACGUACCUGGUGGCAGCCAAGAGAUCAACCUACCAACGAGUCAGCAUUUAGAUUCGAAACCUUUGUAUCAUUCGAUAGAAAUUUCGUUAUGAUGGGUGAUUUCAAUUACUUUGAGGAUCGUAAUAUGAGAGAUAAACAAGAGUUAAUGCGCUUCAUCACUUAUACGUUGCAAAAAUAUGAGGAUACUAGGGCCGAAAUGUAUCGGAAAUCGGAAUCCAAGAUGUAA